CGGCUGCGGUUCACUCUAGCUUGACUGAGUCUUUAAAAACGACUGGGCGUUCGCUGAAACUAAGGUAUUUUUUUUCCACACAACCAGAAGCUAGCUGCCGUUAUCUUGGCACGCAUCCAAAGAACGCUAUCAUGGUCCGUGUAGUGGAGAAUUUGGGCGAGUUCCAGUCUGCCUUGAAGGAAGCAGGAAACAAACUGGUGGUGGUGGACUUCACAGCUACCUGGUGUGGUCCUUGCAAACAGAUUGCACCAGAAUUUGUUAAACUUUCAGAGCUUCCUGAGAACAAGGAUGUGGUUUUCUUGAAAGUGGAUGUGGAUGACGCUGAAGAUGUGAGCACCCACUGCAAAAUUUCAUGCAUGCCCACAUUCCAUUUCUACAAAAAUGAACAGAAGGUGUUUGAGUUCUCUGGCGCCAACCUGGCAACACUGAAAAGCAAACUUGAAGAGCUGAGAUAGGCAUCAAAGUACCCCACCCCGACGUCUGAUGCCAUUACCUUCUCAACAUACCUGAGACAAUUCACCUAAACCAUAAUGUCCUCUAUAUGUCCCACCCUUCCUGUGACGGCCUUGUUGUCCUGUUUUUAGAUCAGCGUGUCCAUCAACUGAAUUCAUUUCCAACCUGACUAAAGUAUGUUCUAAAGUAACCUAGUGUCUCAACCCUUCUGUAUAUUUUCACUGAAGUGAAUAAAGUUAUCCAUGAAU